ACACUUUCUAUUAAAUGCAUUCCUUGACUGCAGCUCAAAGAAGUAUUUGUAUUACAAUAUAAAUAUUGUAAAUUUUUUUUUUAAUUAUUUAAAUUGUAUAAAUAAUUCAGUUUUGAAAAAAAUUUAAAAUGGCCAAACUUUGCAUUUUUUUGGUAUUUUUAACCUUUACUGUUAUGGCUGUUAUAAGCGCACCACAUGAAGAAGAAGAACGUGCUGAUAGACAUAGAAGAGUGACUUGCGAUCUUUUAUCAUUUGGUGGAUAUGUAGGAGACAGUGCUUGCGCUGCCAAUUGUUUAAGUAUGGGAAAAGCUGGAGGAAGAUGUAUAAAUGGUGUCUGCACUUGUCGACAAACCAAAAUCAAUGAUCUCUGGGAUAAACGAUUUGGUUAAGUAUUUAAAAAAAGUGCCAUUCACUUGAAAAAAUUUGAAAAUGUUUAAAGGAUACAAAAUUUUUUAAAUAAAUUAAUUGUAAACAAUGAAUGAUGAGACUUAUUAAACAAAAAAUAUUCCUGAUAUUAUUAGUAUUAAAAUUUGUAAAAAAAAAUUGUAAUAUGAGAUUUUUAUCUCUUUCUGAAAAUGAAUAAAUAUAUACAUUUUGUGCGAAUCGCAUAUUUUCUAAAACUGAA